GUGUCCAUCCUAAUGAGAAGCAAGUUGUUUGGGUUUUUCCCAAGGAGAAAUCUCUUAGAGGGCUAUAAUAAUAGUGCCCCAUAUAUAUCGCUAGAUAGAUGCCUGUGAAAAGUGGGGAGAGGAUUGUCUUCCAUUGACAAGAAAGAAUCUAUUGAAAACAAAUAAAGGAGUUACAGGAACUCUAGAAGUGUGACUAGUACAACCGUUUGAAGAGCUCGGUGCCCAGGCAAGCAGAAUACACACAACAAAGAAAAAAACGCGGCCACACUAUUCCAGAGCCAGGCGGGCGUGCAAAAGGGAACGUUGGUUGUUCAAAUUACUUUUACGCUCUUAAAAUAGUGAGAGACUCUAAACCGAGCUGUUUUUUGUUGUUUUUUUUUUAAUUUCAAAGAUUUCCUCCUCCUUGCUUUCAACGUUACGGUCGACCCCACCCCGCUGCGCCCCGUGGCAAAGAGGAGAGAUUAACCCCUCUUUGAAAAAUAGUCCGCCUUUGUUCACCGACUAUCGAGAUGGCGGAGGAGACGAUAUCCUUCCGCGGGCGGGCUCGCCUCUUCACUGCCGCGGAGGGAGAAGGCGAACGGAGCGCUGAUUCGAUGCGGCCGGCCCGGCCUGAGGGGAUUGUACCGUUUGGAGGGGAGGGGAGGGGCGGAGGAGGAGGGGCUGCCGCCGCUGCCGCCGCCGCCGAAGCAGCUCCUUUGUGUUUCCCACAAUGCACCAGCUUCUCCUCCGCGGGAAAGCAAAAUGGCGAAGGGUUGUUGUGGAGCCGGGCUGCCCGUGAGGCUGCCUCGGGCUUGAGCCUCCCCUUGUUGGCUUCCCUUCCCCUCCUCCCCCCCUCCCCCCGCGCGGGUUUGCCCUUUCCGAGGGCGGCGAGAAAGCCCGGCCGAAAAGCGGCUUCUCGGGCUAGAGCGCAUCGAGCGCCAUUGAUUUCCCUGCAUGAAGCGAGUGGCCCAACUGGAGAGACCGAAUGAGGGUCGAUAAAAAGAGGUCGUUCCAAAAGAAGGGGAAAUUGGAGUUCUCACCAUUCACAACUAUUCCUAGGCAGUCAAAAUAGGUCUUGAAAUUCCAGUCAAGAAAUGUGGAUAGAAAGAACUGGAAUUCCACAAAUAGACUCUACGGGGGUGGGUAAUUCAGUGGUCCACAAGCGGUCUCCUUUGCACCGAAACCAAAAACCACCAAUAUCCUUGACCAAACUCUCCUCACGGGAUGGACAAAAAUCCAAAAAGCCAGUGUGCAAAUUUGAAGAAGGUCAAGAUGUCCUAGCCAGAUGGUCAGAUGGCUUGUUUUAUCUUGGAACUAUCAAAAAGAUAAACAAACUUAAGCAGAGCUGCUUCGUUAUAUUUGAAGACAGUUCCAAGUCUUGGGUUCUCUGGAAGGACAUACAAACAGGAGCUACUGAAACGGGGGAAAUGGUCUGUACAAUAUGUCAGGAAGAAUAUUCAGAAGCACCCAAUGAAAUGGUUAUAUGUGAUAAGUGUGGUCAAGGUUAUCAUCAACUGUGUCAUACACCAAAUAUCGGUUCUAAUGUGAUAGAUUCAGAUGAUAAAUGGCUCUGCCGGCAGUGUGUCUUUGCAACAACAACAAAAAGAGGUGGCGCGCUUAAGAAAGGACCAAAUGCUAAAGCACUGCAGGUCAUGAAGCAAACAUUGCCUUACAAUGUAGCUGACCUUGAAUGGGAUGCAGGCCAUAAAACAAAUGCCCAACAGUGUUAUUGCUACUGUGGAGGUCCUGGAGACUGGUAUUUGAAGAUGCUGCAGUGCUGCAAAUGUAAACAGUGGUUCCAUGAGGCUUGUGUGCAGUGCCUGCAAAAGCCAAUGCUGUACGGUGACAGGUUUUAUACAUUCAUUUGUUCAGUUUGUAGUUCUGGACCAGAAUACCUCAAACGUUUACCCUUGCAGUGGGUAGAUAUAGCACAUCUAUGCCUUUACAACCUAAGUGUUAUUCAUAAAAAGAAAUAUUUUGAUUCAGAACUUGAACUCAUGACAUACAUUAAUGAAAAUUGGGAUCGACUCCAUCCUGGUGAAAUUAAAUCACUUGAUACUUUACAGCUGGCAGACACACCAAAAUCUGAAAGAUAUGAACAUGUUCUAGAGGCAUUAAAUGAUUACAAGACCAUGUUUAUGUCUGGAAAGGAAAUAAAGAAGAAAAAACAUUUGUUCGGCUUAAGAAUUCGUGUUCCUCCUUGCCCACCAAAUGCUGCUUUUAAGGCUGAGAAAGAACCUGAGGGAACUUCCCAUGAGUUCAAAAUUAAAGGCAGAAAAUCAUCUAAGCCUGUGCCUGAUCAGAGGGAAGUCACUAAUGGUGUAGAAAGAAAGGGGAAGAAAAAGUCUGUAGGUCGUCCCCCUGGCCCAUAUACUAGAAAAAUGAUUCAAAGAAUGUCUGAGCCAUCUAUUCUGGAAAAAGAACCGGUUAUAGUGCCAGAAUCCCCUGUUUUGGAUUCUCCUACCACUACUGGAAGAUCUGAUGGAACUGCACACUCAUCCAAUACCUCAGAUGUGGAAUCCACAGGUGCUGCCAGUACAAAAGAAACUACCUCAAACAGUAUUUCCAAGCAUUACAGUUUAUCUGAUUCUAGAAAAAGGACACGAACAGGAAGAACUUGGCCAUCCACGAUACCCCACUUAAGGAGAAGAGGACGUCUUCCACGAAAAGCACUCCAGAUUCAGAACCCAGAAAUUGUAAAAGAAGAUGAAGGCAAAGAUGACUAUCAAUAUGAUGAACUCAAUACGGAGAUUUUGAAUAAUUUGGCAGAUCAGGAGUUGCAGCUUAAUCAUCUCAAGAACUCUAUUACCAGUUACUUUGGUGCUGCAGGUAGGAUAGCUUGUGGUGAAAAAUACCGUGUUUUGGCACGUCGGGUUACACUUGAUGGAAAAGUUCAGUAUCUUGUGGAAUGGGAAGGAGCAACUGCUUCCUGACUAUAGUGCUAAAUGUUAUUUCCUGCACUGCCCUUUAUCUAUUUAUAGGCAGAAUUUAUCCCUUGGAGUGCAGAAGGGAACCGAAAUGGAUAUUUGUAAAAAUGAAAAACCAAGUUAGCCUUAACACUUCUUGAACAGAACAAUUUUUUAUCACAUAAGAGGCCUAUCGACUAAAAAAAUAAGGCUAGAUUCUUAAUGUGUUUAAAAUGAGGAUCUAGACACUGUUGGGUUGGGAAUCUGGGAUUUCAUUUGCUUUAAAAUAUUCACAAGUCAAAAAAAGCCUUGUCUCUAGUGUACAUUCCAUGGAUGUUUUUUUUUUGUGAGUAGGGACUAUUUUCUGUAAGUAGGACAAUUUUUGAAAAAGAUACUUGAUCUUUUCUUAUCCAGAAGUUUGCAAAAGACUAUUUCUACUUUGACAACCCUAGAUUUUCAUACAGUGCAGUGUAUAUACUUCCUGCUGAGGACUGUAAAAUAUUAAAAUCUUUCAACAAAGUGUAUAAAAUAUAUAUUGAGCUUGUAAAUUG